AUGAAGCCUCAAAUGGUGGGGGAACACGAAGAGCACCAGGCAGGCUACAGGGAUGAUCUGGACCCCAGUAGCCCCGAUGGACCCCUUGAGGAUUUGCAUAGACCCCCUUCCCCCAUCCUAGGGGCUCUGACCGCCAUUGGUUUUCUCGUCACCUCGUUUUACCAAUUCACGAGGUACAUGCUGCAGUUGUAUCCGUCGACGAGCCAGGAGCAAGAAAAUAGACGCGAGACUUCCCUGUUCCGUCAGGACCCGGACCUAUCAUUUUAUGGUCUAGGUAUGUCCGGUUUGCCUGGCGUCGGUUGGAUUGGCCUUGGCAACUUGCCCCAUCUCCGAUAUGCCGCAAUCACAUAUCAUAUAAUUAUUGUAUCGGUAUGCAAGGCUCAUGAAACUAAAACGCCUACUGGCGCCUGUUUGUUGAACUGGCGGGCGGCUGUUUUCUAUUUUUCUGUUCUCGACCAACCUCGCGCCAUCCGAUUUCCUUGCUGCAUCAACAUUGGGGAGUUCUACUGCCAUCAAGUCAAGAUCGCGCAUCCAGAGCAUACUCGAAGCAACAGCCUGACAACGAGAACCGUCUUCGUGACCAAAGAAGCCUCGGCAUAG